UUGUUGACGAGUGGGGGUGUUUGACAGCAAUUAAAACCGUUUAGUUGUAUUAAUCUCAAAGACUGGACUUAAGAACACUUCUUUUUAUUCCCUAGAAACAUAAUGUUUCAACGACCGCGGAGUUGGUUUUCUCAAGCGAUAUGGAAACCGAAAAAUUUACAUUCCUUGGAACAUCUCAAGUUUCUUUAUUCUGUUCUAUGCAAGAACCAAACAGCAUCAGAGCACAACCGAGGAUUGCUCAUCGAGACUUUGCGGUCGAUGUCAGAGAUUCUUAUUUGGGGGGAUCAAAAUGACAGCUCGGUUUUUGAUUUUUUUUUGGAGAAGAACAUGCUGUCAUUCUUUCUGCGAUACCUGCAGCAGAAAUCUGGCAAAUAUCUGUGUGUUCAGUUGCUGCAGACUCUGAAUAUCCUCUUUGAAAACAUCAGCAAUGAAACUUCACUCUACUAUUUGCUGUCUAACAACCAUGUGAACUCUAUAAUUGUGCACAAGUUUGACUUCUCUGAUGAAGAGGUCAUGGCCUACUACAUAUCGUUUUUGAAGACCUUAUCCCUCAAGUUAAACAGACAUACCAUUCACUUCUUCUACAAUGAGCAUACAAACGACUUUGCCCUGUACACUGAAGCAAUCAAGUUCUUCAACCACUCUGAAAGCAUGGUUAGGAUUGCUGUGCGAACCAUCACUUUAAAUGUCUACAAAGUUGAGGACAAGGCGAUGUUGCGAUACAUUCGUGACCGCACUGCUGCUCCUUACUUCUCUAACCUGGUGUGGUUUAUCGGUAACCACAUUCUAGAUCUCGACCUCUGUGUGCGCCACGAUUCAGAUCACCGGAGUCGCGACCUGCUGGCUGACCUGGUUGCUGAGCACCUGGAUCACCUGCACUACCUGAACGACAUCUUCAGUAUCAGCCUGGACGGUCUCAACGAGGUCCUCACCGACCAGCUGCUGAACCGCCUGCUGAUCCCGCUCUACGUAUACUCACUCACCAAGAGGAAACGCAUGUCCGAUGUCGAGGAUGAUCGGAAACACGUCAGCUCCGUUGUUGCCCUGUUCUUGUUAUCUCAGGUGUUUCUGAUUUUCCACAAUCACAGCCUGGUUCAACAGCUAGCUGAGGUGAUAUUUCAGGGUGACAUAAGUCUUACGCGGGCUGAUGCAAAACACGACUCGCCAAAACUGGUAUUAAGGGAGUUCCAGGCACCAGUCGAGUCACUGGAAAAGUCGCUGGAAAGUGUCCGUCCAAAAGUCCGCUACAGUCAAAUGACGGAAGAAAACGUGGCGCGAGUGUCGACCGAGGGGAAUUCGACAUUCUAUCUUUCGAGAGAUGAAGUCGCAUCUCCAUCAUCCCCAUCUACAGAAGGAGCCCUCAGCCCAAGCAGUGAGAUUUAUUCUGGUGAUACAGACAUAUCGAGCCCCAAUCAGAACUCGACUGACGAAGAGAAACUCUCACAUCGCAUGACGCUGGGGGUAUCCAGUGGCGCCCAGAAUCAACAAACAACUUUCUCGUUAGAUAACAAACCAUACCUGGAAGCCAUCUUCAAUGCCUUGGAGUGUAGUGAGAAUGACUAUUCUGCCCUGUUCUCUCUCUGUUUGCUCUAUGGUCUUGGACAGAAUGAAGGAAUAAGUCAAAACCUCUUGGACAGUGUUCUAAUGCCAACAGAAAGAUCAGAGAGUAAAGACCACUAUAACAUCGCUCUAGUGGAACGACUCAUCCGAAUCAUCACAUUGGCAUGUCAAACAAACAGUAAAGUUCGUCUGGCAACAUUGCAGUUAUCCAUCAAGUUACUAAAGCAACUUGUGCUCAAGCUGGGCAAGUCAUUCCUGCAGGACCGUCAUCUGGCAUCCAUUGAAAAUGCUCAUGAGUGCAGCAGGCAGAUGCUUAGGAACUUUUAUAAGAGUGAAGAAAUAUUUCUGGACAUGUUUGAAGAUGAGUAUCGAGACAUGAAGAACCAUCCACUAAAUGUUGAAUACCUGACAAUGGACUCUUCCAUUCUGUUAUCACCCACUGGCACCCCUCUGACUGGGAUAGACUUCAGCAAGAGACUGCCAUGUGGGGAGGUGGAGAGGGCAAGGCGGGCAAUCCGUGUGUUCUUCAUUCUUCGUGACCUGUCUUUGACCUUGUUGGAUGAGACGGAAGUACAGCUACCAUUAACAAAGGAAGAAAAUUGCAUUAGAUGUGAAGACAAAUUAGAUCUCAACAAUAGUGAUCUGAUUGCCUGCACAGUGAUAACUAGAGACACUCGGAAACAGGAGCGCCGUUUUCUGGUGAUCGACCCAGUCCAGCUGGUUCUGGUUGAGCCGGAUAACAAACGACUUGGCUGGGGAGUCGUCCGAUUCGUUGCAUUUCUUCAGGAUAUCGAGGUAACUGGCGACAAAGAUGACAGUCGGUCGCUGCACAUCCUGGUUCACAAACCAUCGUCGUCGGUACACGCGCGGCCCCUCCCACUGCUGGCCGCCCGGUUCAUGUUCGACGACCACAUCCGGUGCAUGGCCGCCAAGCAGCGCCUGAUGAAGGGCCGGAUACGGGCGCGCCAGCAGAAGAUGCAGAUCAUAGAACGGAUGCUGGACAUCGCCCAGACUGACGGCGGAGACACGGCUGGGAGCUACAAGAACCUGCCCAUUCCUGGUCGCAGCCAUCCUGUAAGAGUUGGAGCUCAGGCCGAAGUGUCGAAAACAAAGGCCGGGGUGUCCAGUCAGGGCGCUCGGCCGAAGCAGAGGAAUGCUACGGCGGAGUUGAAGAAGCUUCAGAAGGACGGUCGUCGAGGCUCGCGAGAAAUCCGUCACGUCAGCAGUGCAUCGUCGGUGGUGGAGGAGGCCCAGGAGGCGACGUCUGCCUUCGCCGUUCAGUCCUUAAAUCACCACAGUCAUGGGAGGAUUCCAAGAAGGGUCAGGUCGCAUUCGGGAGCAGUGGACAGCAAAGACGUAGCCCAUGUAGAGAUUCCCAUGGAAGACCUGUCCAUCAGCACAAAAGCUCGGAGCGGUUCUCUGGACAACAGCGUCAAGAUACUGAAGCUGCCGGCUUUCAGACUGGAGAAGCACAGGAGUCAGUCGCACAGUCCGCGGAGGCACAAGUCGGACUCGAGCGUCAUCCCGGUGCGGGCCGAGGGCGGCAGGAAGCAUGCAUGGUCCGCCCCUCCGCCUCACAACAGCAGGACGAGACAGACAAGUCUGAUCAAUUCUCGACCGCACAGCAAGAGCAGUCCGGCAUCGGUGGAUCAUAAAAAGAAAGAUGACUCGUCCUCGGACGAGAGUCCCGACAUCGGCCGGUCGAGAAGUCAGUCGGGAAUGUCUCCGAAAUCGCUCCGACCGGCUCCCGCUCCAUCAAUGUCGCUGAUCCCACAUCAGCAGAUGUCCGAGUUCCUGCCUGCUGGGACCAUCAAUUCACCCAAGUUGGUCCCGCCGGCCGAGCCGAAACUGACAACAGCUGCUAAAGUGAGUCACCGCAAAGCCUCGGCUGGUGAUUUUGUGAGUGUUGGGGAUGGGAAGGACAGGGAUAAGGACAAUGAAUUGAGUGAUACGAAGUCGACGGAUUCGGAUUUCUCUUCAGGACCGAACUUGGCACCGCAGGACAGUAACAGUGAUUCCGGGGUCCACAGUGAUCAGGUGUCCCUGGUUGCCAAGGUGACGACAAAACAGCAGCUGGCAGAGCUCGCCCAGGAGGUUCAGGAGCACUACGGCUAUUCCGAGAGCAAGAAAGAAGAGCAGACCGGGUAGACAACUCUAAAUGCAUGUUGACUGUUAUUGUUUUAUUCGGGACAGGUAAACAUGUACUUUCAUAUGCCCAUAUCCACGGAAGGUUCAGACAUGCCUACUGGAGAUCCAGUUUCUGAUUUCCCAGAGGCUGGACACUGAGCGUGAUUGUUUUAAUGAUGUGUAUGUUUUAUUUUUAACUUUUGUUGAAAUCCUGUAACAAGAUGUUACAGAAUUGGUGGCAUUGUUGGGUUGGGGUGGUGGGGAGGAGGCAGUGUUUUUAUAUACUUACAUAAUUGUUAUUUUAUACCUAGUAUAUCUACUGUAUAUAUUUUUUUCUCUCUACAUAUUUCAACCAAGUAUGUACUGAAAUAAAAAUGCAGCAGAUACACCUGACACAAAAUAAGGAUUAUGGAGCUUUUCCGGGUUCACAAUGUUAUCAAUUCUGGAACAGUCUAAACAAUUGAAUUAUAAAAUACUGAAAAACUGCUUUCUAACCAAACACAGAAAUUAUUCCAAUAUCAAUCAAAAUUUGGAAAUAAAAAUUUGAAGAUUACAUCAUUUAAAAAUUUGACUUGUUUUAAUAUUUAUGUUACGUUACCCACGAGUGUCCAUACUAAAUUUAUUGCACACAUUCAUGAUCACAAAUGUGACCUGUAGUUUUGACAUUAUUAGAAAAAUACAGCUAGACAUAUAGACAAAGUAAACCAAUGUCAUUAAACUACAUUAAUAGCACUUGUUUGAUAUAUCUUGACUUUUAUCUUCUUCUGGUUUUUGGUUUGUUGCUACAUACACGUAUGUUGUCACAUAAUUUGGAUAUAUAUCUAAUAUCUUAUACCUAUGUCUGUUUGCAUAUUUGAAGAGUUACUACAUGUAUAUCUUAUCAAAUUUGUUUGCAUAUUUUCAAAUUUUACUCUCGAUUCCAUUUACUCUCGAUCCACAUGAGACGGGUGUGAUGUGCUAGUUUAGACAGUUACACAAGGCUUGAAAGUAAUUUUGUUGAGUGGGAAGCAACGUCUGCUUCUAAUACUUUAACCUGAAAGCAAAUGCUAGAAACUGAGAAGCACUUCUAGAUUUAUUGUACUGAUAUUAACUUUAAUUUUAUGUAAAUUUAAACUAGCAAUUGUUUUUUUUAUGUUUUUAAAGGGACAGACCCUAGUUUCAGCCCUUGAAAAUGCACACUAAGUUUAGUUAAAGGGACAGACCCUAGU